AUGCCACCGAUUCGCUCUCAAAGCUCUCAAAAUUCAAUCGAGCAAGAGGGUAGGGCUUUUAAAAAUGGAGAUAUCAGUUCUAUUUCUCUUGCUGCACGUACCUUUAAUAUCCCAUGUUCGACUCUUCGCUACCGCCUAAGUGGUAUACAAGAACGCUAUCCUCUUCUCUCCUCCCGAUUCUUAAAGCGGUAUAAUUACGAGUGUGCGAAAUAUAAAGACCCUAAGAUUAUUACUAAGUGGUUUAAUCUAGUUUAG